AUGAUCACUCAACCUUUUAGCAAUUUAUAAAUUUUCAUAUUGGAUGGACACCAUGAUCACUCAACCAAUUACCAAUUCGGAUUGACAUGGAUUUCUCUGUCAUCACUCCAUUCCUAUGUACAAUGGCGACAACCUUGUCUAUGUUCUCUUGAUUGAAACCAUCACUCCAUUUCUCAAUUCUUCAUUAUUAUAUUAUAAUCAUCCAACAACAGCAUCGUCAUUCCUCUCUUUUAUCUCCUACCAUUCUUAUCAAUCUCUAAUAUUAAUUAUAUAAUUUAUUAUUUAUACUCCAACCACCACAAUGCUCAAAUUCAACUUCAUCAAAUUCUCCCCUUUCUUUCCUUCGAAACCCUCAUUUUUUCCUCUUUCUAUUUCCACCACUAUUAGAUCACAAAUGGCUUCUUUUUCCUCUUCUUCAUCUUCUUCUUCUAAACUUUUGUUUCGUCAGCUUUUCGAAAAGGAAUCAUCUACUUACACGUACCUUCUCGCUGAUGCCUCACAUGCUGAAAAACCAGCACUUUUGAUUGACCCUGUUGAUAAGACUGUGGAUAGAGAUUUGUCACUUAUUCAAGAAUUGGGUUUGAAGCUUGUUUAUGCUUUGAACACACAUGUACAUGCUGAUCAUGUUACUGGGACUGGCCUUAUCAAGAGCAAAGUUCCUGAUGUAAAAUCUGUUAUUUCAAAAGCAAGUGGUGCAACAGCAGAUCUUUAUGUGGAGCAGGGUGAUAAAAUCCGUUUUGGUGAUCUUUAUCUAGAGGUUCGUGCAACUCCUGGUCAUACCUUAGGUUGCCUUACCUAUGUUACUGGAGAUGCACCAGAUCAACCUCAACCAAGAAUGGCAUUCACAGGAGACACCCUAUUAAUACGCGGAUGUGGAAGGACCGACUUUCAGGGUGGAAGUUCAGAGAACCUUUACAGAUCAAUCCAUUCACAGAUUUUUACGCUGCCGAAAGAUACCUUACUCUAUCCGGCUCAUGACUAUAAAGGAUUCUCUGUAAGCACUGUCGGAGAAGAGAUGCAAUAUAAUCCGCGCCUAACAAAGGACGAGGAAACUUUCAAGAACAUCAUGGCAAAUCUUAAGUUGUCAUAUCCAAAAAUGAUCGACGUAGCUGUUCCAGCGAAUAUGGUUUGUGGAAUCCAAUCCAAAACAAGCUGAGCUUUUACUAGUCUUGUCUGAUACAAUAACGAUGUUAUUUAACACGAAGAGGUUGCUAGUAAAGGAAAAAGAUAAUGUUAACCGUCUUUUGUGUUAAAGAGAAAAAUGAAGAUUGUAAACAAAUAAAUUGAUGAUGAUUAUUGGUCUCAAUAUUAUGCAUUGUGUUUUGUUUUA